AUGUUUAGGUUUACUCAAGCUUCGGCUAGUUUAAGACCCAUAUUGUCUAAUCUUAGACAAAAUACUGGUAUAAUAGUACCUCAAAACUUCCAAAACUUCCAAAAUUUAAGAUAUAACUCAACUAUUGAAGAUUUGAGUGAAAAGAUUGGAACCUUCAAGAAUGAUUCCCUUUUAUUACCUAACCAACAAGUUAAUUAUUUCAGAGAACAAUUAAGUUUAUUGAACCAAUAUAAAAGAGUGUCAUCAGAUGUUGAAGUGUUUGAAGUGACUUUCCAAAAUGUUAUUGAAAUUUUUAAAGAUGAAGAAACUAGAAAGAACUUGAUCAAAGUUGAUUUAACUAAAUAUUUACAUUUUUUGAAUUAUUCCAUUUUUAGAAAUAGAAGAAAUAGGUUAGAUCGUAGAUCAAAUGUUGAUAGAGAUCAAUAUUCCAAUAAUCAAAAGUUAAAUGAUGUUAAGUAUAGAAACGCAUUAUUAGAUUUCCAUUCAUUAUUGAUCAAUGGUGAAUUGAACGAAAAGAUUACUUUAGAAUCAUUAGAAUAUUACUUUAUGUCAAUGUCUCAAUACAAUUUGAAUGAAGAAAUUGUCAAUUACUGGGAAACUGGGGUUAAUGAUGAACAGUUAAGUAAAUUAUUCUUAAACUCAAGAAUCUUAUCCCUUGUUUUACCAAUUGCCUAUGAAACCAAAAGAUUCAGUUAUGAAGAAAUUUUAAGAAUCUUUGAAUUGAACAAUGAUGAAAACAAAGUCGAUGCUAAAUUGUUAUGUUCAAUCGGUAAAAUUUGUACUAUUGAGAAUGAUUAUGAAAGAGCAUUGGACAUUUUAGAAUCAGUUUUAGUUAUUUUUGAAAAUCUGAAAGAUACCAGAGUUGGAUUAUCAUUAGGUGACUUGCAUCUUAAUUUCAUUAGUUCAAGUAAAGAUAUUUCCAUUGCUAAACAUUUCUUUGAUAAAGUUAUUGAAAACGAUUUACCUUAUAUUGUUAGAUUGAAAGUUACUCAUGUUAUUGACUUAUUGAACAACUGUUAUGAAUCCGAAGCUCCUUUUGAAGAUAUCGUUUAUUUUUAUGAAACCACCUUGAAAUUUUAUGUUAGUAAAAAGAUCAAAUCGAAUGCCCAAUUUGCAUCAUUAAAUAAUGCUUUCUUCAAAAUAUUCUUCCAAAAAUAUCCACAAUUAAAUGACGAAUCUUUCAGUUUAUUGAAGAAGUUAAUGAGUGAUUAUAAUCUUAUCUUACCAGUUGAUGAGUUACUUUUAAAUACUGUAAUCUCCAAUUAUAACUGGGGUGAUAAGAAGAUAUUUGAACAAUUGAUUGAAUACUAUGAUAUCUUCAAAAUUACCAAAACUCAAGUUCCUAAUAGAAUCAUUUUAAAGAAAAUGGGAGAAGUUGAUUAUUCAGAUGAAGAAAUUUUAAACCAAUGGAAUAAUAAUUUAUCUAACUUGGACCAUGAUAGAUAUACUUAUAUCCCUAUUGCUGAUUGGGCAGCUAUUAGAGAUGCUACAAUUUUCUCAAAAUUUGAUAGAAACACAUUAUAUUGGCAAAUUGUUAAGAAAUAUCAAAACUAUUUCCAAGAUUAUAGAGCUACUGUUAGAUUUAUCAGAUUAUGGUUUAAAGAUAGAGAAAUCUUUAAACACUUAAAGGCAUUAAAUGAAUUCAAUGAUUUACCAGAUUUGAAAUUCAGAAACUUAAAACCAACAGUUGACUUCACCAAAAUUAUGAAUACCACUCAAUUAGAUGAAAAAUGGAGAAAAUAG